CCUAUCUCAGGCCUUACAGAGACACACAGAAAAGCGACAACUUGUGGACGUCAAGAGAGUAUUUGGAGCAUACACCACAGACGUCAUCGCUGGAACAGCGUUCAGUCUGGAACCGACUUUCAGACAAACGAGAAUGAUGUUUUUAUGCAGGCAGCCAUCAAUCUCAUGAGAAAAGCAACCAGCAUGACCUUACUUGCUUUAAUUAUUACACUUUUUCCAUGUCUUCAGCGACCCUUGAGAUUCUUCCAAAUUGCUGAUGCACAGGAAGAUGCCAAAAUUGUCGUACGUGUAAUUAACAACCUCAUAGAGGAAAGGAAACAAAGUGGACAAAAUGAACAUGUAGACCUUCUUCAGCUCUUGCUGGACUCAGAAGCUUCAGAAGCCGACAUUGCCGCCAAGCCACAAGACAGACAAAUGACAAAAGAUGAAAUCAUUGCACAAUGUAUUACCAUCUUUCUGGCUGGCUACGAAACCACGGCGGCGACCUUACAGUACAUGAUCUACUUACUGGCCGUCAACCCUGACAAGCAGGAGAAACUCUACAACGAGAUCAUCGCAGCUAUUGGCGAUGAUACAGCUACCUAUGAGAAUGUGAUGAGCCUGAAAUAUCUGGACAACACUCUUAAAGAAACGCUGCGAUGCUUUCAACGAUCCCAUUCGUAACUCGCAUUGCAGCCGAGACGAGAACAAUUAAAGAUGUCACAAUCCGAGCUGGAACGUCUGUCGGUGUUUCCAUCGGCUCCGUCAUGCAAGACGACCAGAUCUUCCCUGAGCCCAGCAAGUUCCUUCCGGAGAGGUUUGACGACGAGGACAUGCCAACCCUGGUACGCGAGUUGGCCUUCGGGAUGGGUCCUCGUCAGUGUAUCGGCAUGAGACUGGCGCUGUACGAGGCCAAGAUGGCCGCCGUCACCAUCAUCCGACGGUUCCGGUUUAUUAAAGUGCCGGAGACCCCUGAAUGAUCACGUUCAGUACCUCAGCAAGGUUUUCCUCCCCUGAUAAACUAAUCUUCGUGGGGACUGAACUGCGCAACAGUCAGUGAGAGCGCCCUCCUGGUUUAACUGAAGGAUACAACAGAGAUGGUGACGUCAUGGAAAGAGCUUAGCUUACCUUCACAAAGACGCUUACUUAAAUGCUUAACGUCCGUGUGCUGUGAAGAAAUGUCAAAUAUAAUAUAAUCCCUGGUAUACUAAACCGAUAAUAGUGGUCAAACCAUAUAUUGUUGUUAUUACAUUAUUAUUACAUUAUUAUGCCAGACUUUGCUUUAGUCUAUGAAGUAUUCAGUAAUAAUUAUAAACUUAUUCAGGUAAAUCCUGACGCCUGUAUGUUUCGCUGACUUUUUUCUGCGUUUUUUAUUGUAAUUUUGGUUUACAUACCUUGUGUACUCGAUUCAGAACAUAAACGGGUUAGUACAGUUAAAGAGAAUGGAUCUCUCGUCUAUUGCUUACUAUCCUGUUUAGCUACUGUAAAUGAUAGCAGAUAUAUUAAAUAUACCAGCUUCACACUAACAAACUUUCUAGUUUUU